AUGGAUACAUUUGGCGAUUUUUUGACUAAAAACCCUGUUGUUAUUGAUAAUGGUUCUGGCAUUAUUAGAGCUGGUAUCGCAGGAGAAGAUAAAGCUAAACUUUAAUUUGAUUCAUACAUUGGUAGACCCAAGUAUAAAAUGGUAUUGCCAACUAACACUCAAUCAGAUUAUUAUUUAGGUAAUAUUAGUGAUGAAUAACGUGGGUUACUUAAAUUGCAGUAUCCAAUCAACCAUGGUAUCAUUUAAAAUUGGAAUGAUAUGGAUCUUAUAUGGAAAUACUGCUACUCUGAACUAAAAGUAUCAGCAAAAGAGUAUCCUGUUCUUCUCACUGAGCCUGCUAUAAACCCAAUCAAUCAUAAAUUUAGAGUAGCUCAAUAAUUCUUCGAAAAUUUUAAUGCUCCUGCUUUAUUUAUUGCUGUUUAGGGUGUCCUUUCUUUAUUUGCAAGUGGAAAAACUACUGGUGUUGUAGUUGAAAUAGGAGAUGGUGUGAGUUAAAUAGUUCCCGUUUUUGAUGGUUAUUCCCUUUAAUAUGCAUAACAAAGAAUAGAUUUAGGUGGCCGCGAUAUAACUGAACACCUUAAUUUGUUGCUCCGUCGUUCAGGCUACUUUUUCCAUACCUCAGCUGAGAUGGAAAUCAUUAAAAAAAUUAAAGAAAAGAAAUGCUUCGUAAGUUUAGUUAGCUAAACUGAUGAUAAAAUAUUUGAAGAAAGAAAAAUCACUGAUUAAGUUAGUCUCCCUGAUGGAAACUAAAUUUCUCUUACUUUCGAAAAAUCAAGAGCUGCUGAAAUACUUUUCAACCCUUCCAUAAUUGGUUUAGAAUAUCCUUCAAUUUCUGAACUACUCAUCAGAUCUAUUUAAAAAGUUGAUAUUGAUUUGAGAAACACUCUCUAUUAGGAAUUAGUUAUUUCAGGUGGUUGCACAAAGCUUAAAGAUUUCCCCAAUAGAUUUGUAAAUGAAGUUAAAAAGAGUAUUCCUAAAGCCCAAAAGCUUAGAGCUUAUUCUCCAGAAAACAGAGAAGACUUGUGUUGGAUUGGUGGUUCUAUUUUAAGUAAUUUAGCAUCAUUUAAGAAUAUGUGGAUUACUAAAGCAGAAUACGAAGAGCAAGGAGAAAGAAUUUUACUUAAAAAAAGUUUCUGA